AAAAGGAAAAACCUAAAACCCCACAACAAAUACACACACACAACUCACACUAGCAACUGAAGUGAAACCACCUUUGCAGUUCAUCAGAAUUACACUUACACUCUCUACCUCCAGAGAUCGUCGUACGACAGCAUUGAUUUUUUUAUCUAACCAUCAUCCAUCGCAUUGUAUCAAGAACCCCGAUGACAAAACAUCAUCUUCUGUGAUAUGUUACUGAGGAUGAAGAGGUUCAACAAGGCUGCGACUGAUUCCAGUGGAGGCCAACCCACGACGGCCGGCGAUCAUGGGAACGACGCCGUGGCGAGGGGUCUGGAGUGCAAAUGGGGUUUGAGUCUUAUGAAAUUGAUGGGUGUUUUCCUAGUUACUGUAAUGGGUUUCUCUGGUUUGUUCUCAGUAUCUGUUGUGCUGAGGGACCCGCCUUUGGAUGUGCUUUGGACCGUCGUUGAAGCCAGGGAUCUUGAUCAUAGGGUUCGAAAAGCCAUACUACCAGAAGAUGAUCCUGCUCAGCCUGUUCAGGUGCCUAAAGAUAAGAUUCUUGGUGACAUUCUCCCGACUGGAUUUGAUGAAAAAUCUUGCCUUAGUAGGUAUCAGUCACUCUUAUAUCGCCGAGGAGUUCCGCGAAAAGCUUCCCCCCACCUCAUAUCCAAGUUACGAAGCUAUGAAGCGCUGCAUAAGAAAUGUGGACCCUACACAGCUUUGUACAAUAAAACCAUGGAAGAUCUUAAAUCGGGCAGAUACUCGAGCAUAUCUGACUGUAAAUACCUUGUUUGGAUAUCCUUUAGUGGUCUGGGGAACAGGAUUUUGACACUUGCUUCAGCUUUCCUUUAUGCUCUUCUCACUGACCGGGUCCUUCUUGUUGAUCCUGGAAUUGACAUUCCAGAUCUUUUCUGCGAGCCAUUUCCAGAUGUCUCUUGGUUGCUUCCCUUGGAUUUCCCACUGACUAGCCAGUUUAAUGGCUUUAACCAGAAAUCACGACAGAGUUAUGGGAAUUUGCUGAAGAGCAAGUCCGUAGGUAAUAUAACUGGUUCAGCACCACAACCGUAUGUCUAUCUCCAUCUGGUUCAUGAUUAUGACGACCACGAUAAACUUUUCUUCUGCGAUCAAGAUCAAUCAUAUCUGCAGAAGAUACCAUGGCUGAUAAUGAAGACUGAUAACUAUUUCAUCCCCUCCCUAUUUUUGAUCCAUUCGUUUGAGCAAGAGUUGCAUAAUCUUUUCCCGGAUAAGGAAACUGUUUUCCACCUCUUGGGGCGGUAUCUGUUCCAUCCUACAAAUUCAGUGUGGGGGCUUAUAAGCAGAUACUAUGAAGCUUAUUUAUCUAAGGCUGAUGUAAAAGUUGGAAUCCAAAUAAGGGUAUUUGAUACAGAAACUGGUCCAUUUAAACAUGUCCUGGAUCAGAUUUUAUCUUGUACCAUGAAGGAAGGUAUACUACCACAAAUUAAUGAGCAGGAACCAAUCAUUAAGCCUUCUGGAAAGCAGAAGACUGUAUCUGUCCUGAUGACGUCUUUAAGCGGCGGUUACUUUGAGGAAGUUAGAGACUUGUACUGGGAACAUCCAACUGUGACAGGAGAUGUGAUUGAAGUUUACCAGCCAAGUCAUGAAGGCCAUCAACAAACCGAGAAGCAAAAUCACAAUAGAAAGGCAUGGGCAGAAAUGUAUCUACUUAGCUUAACGGAUAAACUGGUAACAAGUUCUUGGUCGACUUUUGGUUAUGUGGCUCAAGGUCUUGGAAACCUGAAGCCAUGGAUACUCUACAAGCCUGAAAAUCGGACGGCACCAGACCCACCAUGUCAGCGUGCAGCGUCGAUGGAGCCAUGCUUCCAUGCUCCUCCUUUCUAUGAUUGCAAGUUGAGGAGAGGUAUGGAUACAGGUGCUCUUGUUCCUCAUGUUAAGCAUUGUGAGGAUAUGAGCUGGGGUCUUAAGCUGGUUGAAACAAUGUAGUAAACUCUGAACCAUUAAUGCUUGCUUUUUCCCCCACUCGGGUAAAGGUCAUACAUUCUUCGUAAGUAUCCAAAAAUGAUCAAACAUACUAGGCUGUCUGUGGCGUACAUGUUUCGUCUUUAUCAAGGCUUUGGCCCACAAGUGGUUAUAAUGGACAUUGUCUGGAGGGUCCAACUGUUGUAGAAUUCUUCCAUUGUAAUAUAUCUUUAAGAAUCCGUUGCUUCAUAAUUAAUUUUUUUAAACAAAUUUAACCUUCUAUGACUAGAAA